AUGUCUUCACAUUGGUGUCACAGGUGCAACAAAUUCGUUAGGGUAUGGAGGCUAGGGAUGCCAAUAUGUUCCGAUUGCGACAGUGGAUUCGUCGAAGAGCUUGAACAUCAAGCCCAUUCUCUUCAUGCAGACGCUGUUCGUCCGAGGAGGUUACCUAUGACGGCGGCCAUGUACAUGAUCGGCCACCAUAAUAACAAUUCAAAUCAAAACCAAAAUCAAAAUCAAAACCCCCGUCGACGUUACUGCAGAAACAAUGUUAACGGUGGUGAUAUUUCUACGUUUAACCCGAUCGUUAUGAUACGCAGCGGUGGAACCUCCGAGGGGACGAGCCGCGAGGGUGAAGAGAAUCGCAGGUAUGAGCUUUUCUACGAAGAUGGCCCCGGUUCUGGUCUCCGGCCAUUGCCUCCAAGGAUGUCAGAGACUCUUCUUGGGCCUGGAUUUGAAAGGGUGAUGGGACAACUCUCUAAUGUCGAAGCUAAUCGGAACGGGAACGAGACGAAUAACCGGAAACCAUUACCGGCGUCAAAAUCAACGGUAGAAUCGUUACCGUCUAUCGAAAUAAAUAACAACCAUGUUGAGAUAGAAUCACAAUGUGCUGUUUGCAAAGAUCAUUUCGAACUCGGAGCUGUAGCAAGAGAAAUGCCAUGCAAACAUAUAUACCAUAACGAAUGCAUACUUCCAUGGCUCGAGAUUCGUAAUUCUUGUCCUAUUUGUCGCCAUGAACUCCCUUGUGAAUCACCACAAAGCAACAAUAAUGAACAAGACAAUGUUGGAUUGACAAUAUGGAGGCUACCGGGAGGAGGAUUCGCUGUCGGAAGAUUUACCGGCGGAAGUCGAGAGAAUAACGAGGGAGAGCUUCCUAUUGUUUACACAGAAUUGGAUGGUGGGUUUAAUAAUGUUGGUGAACCAAGGAGAAUUUCAUGGUCGAUGAGUACUUCAAAUGGAGGAGGGAGGGGAAGAAGUAAUAUAGGGGGUGGAUUUCGUAGAAUGUUGAACAAUCUGUUUGGAUGUUUGGGAGGUGGUGAUGGAAGUAGUAAUGAACAAGGUUCAAUUUCUACAACAAGAGAGUUUUCUGAAACUAUGACUACAAGGAAUAACAAUAAUAGUAAUGCAUCUCGUACCAAUCUGAAUUCUUCUUCACGUGCUCGUAGAACUUGGUCUAUGGAUGUAAAUGGUGGAAUUAGACCAUGGUAA